AUGCGUUAUUAUCCCCCAGCUCUUGAGCCAAUUCUGAAGCAAACAGCAGGGAAAUACUGUGUAGGUGAUGAGAUUUCCAUGGCAGACAUCUGUCUGGUCCCACAGGUCUACAACGCAGAGAGGUUCAAAGUGGAUGUGGGGAAGUAUCCAACCAUCAAACGGUUAAAUGAAGCUUUACUUGAGAUUGAAGCUUUCCAAGUGAGCCACCCAUCCCGCCAACCAGAUACACCUGAUGAUCUGCGUGCUUAGUACAAAGCCACUGAGAAGUUGUUUGUGUUAAAUAAAAUGACUGAAAAGUGA